AUGGAGGUGUACGGUCGCAAGGAAGCGCCAGGCAUAGCUAACGACCAGCAUUUGUUGGUCGAGCUCACCGCGCCCCCCGUCAGCGAGGAGGGGAAAAAGCCGGGGCUGGACCUGGUGGCCGUCCUGGACGUCAGCACGAGCAUGCGGGGCCACAAGCUCCAGAACCUCAAGGGCGCCAUGAACUACGUCAUCAAGAAGCUCGGGGUGAAGGACCGCCUCGCUAUCAUCCCCUUCGCAACGGCCGUCGAGAAGCACCGGUUCAAGCUGGCGCACAUGAGCAAAGACGCCAAGCACAAGGCGACCAGCUUCGUCCACGGCCUGGAGGCCCACGUCGGCACCAAUAUCCACGCCGCGCUGGAGGCCGGCCUCAAGGUGCUUCACGAUCGCGCGCGCAAGGACGGACCGUUGCUGGCGUCGCCCAUGUCACCGUCGACACGUUUGGUUUCGGCUUCCGAUCACGGCCCGCAAGUUCUCGAGGCGAUCGCGACCAAGAGCCUUGGAGGCACGUACCACUACGUUCGGGACGACCAUGGCGCCACCCUGACGACGUCCUUCUCGCAGCCCCUGGCCGGCCUCCGCUCGGUCGUCUUGCUGGACCUGAAGCUCACCCUGAGGAGAGGAGAGUCGACCAUACGAAAGGUGGAAGCCGGCAAAUACCCGCAGAAGAAGCACGCCGACGGCUCCGUCACCGUCGAAUUCGGCCAUCUCUACCGUGACGAGAUCCGCAAGGUCUUGAUGUUCCUCCACCUCCCAGCCGUCCACCAUGACCACGAGGCUACCGUUAUGAGAGCCGAAGCCGUGUACAGUAUCCCGGGGCAUGGAAAAAUUACAGCUGAGCCUAGGGAAUUUUAUAUGUACCGCAAGGGAAGACUAGACGGGUACCCUUUUGGGCAUAUUCAACGGGUGAGCAUCGAGCAGGUCCGCCACGACCACGUCAGCAGCAUAAGGAAGAUCAUGCACGCCGCCGACAACGAGGAGCUUCACCAUGCCCGCACCAUGCUCGCGGGUGCCCUGAAGGCUCUCAAGGAGUUCCUCGAGGAACACCACUCCAAUGAAAUGGCCAAGUCACUCGUCGUCGAGCUGAAGCAAUUCCGCGGCCACAUGGUGUCGCAGCACGAGUACAACAUGCAAGGCCGCGCCUACGCGUUGGCAUCGAUCUCAUCGCACGAACGCCAGCGGUUCACGGCACGGGGCGGCGUCGACCACGUCAGGCUCUUCGCCACGCCGCGCAUGGACAAGUACUUGGAGCAGGCCGUCAAGUUCCACAAAAACCCCAACGUUCACAUAUGACUUGACCUGCACAGACCCACUACAUGCCGGUAGAUGUCUCUAAUAGCAUGCAUGCAUGUCGACGUCCAGGUCUAGAUCUCGAUCGGCUUCAUCCUUGCAUUAUAUUUGUGGUCCAUUUAAGUUGUACUAUGUUCAGGCGCUGCUAUCUGUACGUUUUGUCUACUCAUUCCAAUAUAUUUAUCUUAAAUAUUUUAGUGUGUGAUA